AUGAGCAACUGUGACACAAGCAACUACCAACCUGAACUGUUAUACCCCAGCAUCUGUGAUAUGAGCUACUGUGACACAAGCAACUACCAACCUGAACUGUUAUAUCCCAGCAUCUGUGAAAUGAGCUACUGUGACACGAGCAACUACCAAUGUGAACUGUUAUACCCCAGCAUCUGUGAAAUGAGCUACUGUGACAAGAGCAACUACCAACCUGAACUGUUAUACCCCACCAUCUGUGGUAUGAGCUAUUGUGACAAGAGCAACUACCAACGUGAAAUGUUAUACCCCAGCAUCUGUGAUAUGAGCUACUGUGACACAAGCAACUACCAACCUGAACUGUUAUACCCCAGCAUCUGUGAAAUGAGCUACUGUGACAAGAGCAACUACCAACGUGAACUGUUAUACCCCAGCAUCUGUGGUAUGGGCUACUGUGACACAAGCAACUACCAACCUGAGCUGUUAUACUCCAGCAUCUGUGAUAUGAGCUACUGUGGCAUGAGCAACUACCAACGUGAACUGUUAUACCCCACCAUCUGUGAUAUGAGCUAUUGUGACACAAGCAACUACCAACCUGAAAUGUUACACCCCAGGAUCUGUGAUAUGAGCUACUGA